AUGCUUGGUGGAGUUUCUGAAGUGGCCUUGACAUCUGAUCAACUUGGUGAUGGUGCAGACAAGGAGGAAACAUACACUAUAAAUAUACAAGAUGAGGAUAAUAUGAAAUCUAUGCAACAACCAAGAAGAAAGAGGAGUUCAACUUCAUACACUAUAAGUGCUAUGCGUGCAACAAAAACCCACCUUAUUGAUAGAAUUCAAGGACGGUAUUAUACAAACUUCGAGGCCAAUGGAGCAGAAAAUGUCAAGAGAAGGUUGAAGAGGAGGAGCCGAAUGACAAAGAAGACGUAUCAUGUAGAAGUUGAAACAAGAUGGGAAGGUGAUAUUCUCGGGAAAACUUCUGCUGGUGAGCCACUCUAUCGACAAGCCUUCGUUGGAGGAGAACUAGUUGCUGUUGGUGGUGCUGUCCUUUUAGAAGUUGCUGAAACUUCGGUCAUCUACUUUGUGGAGUACAUGUUCGAAACUUCGGAUCACUUCAAAAUGCUACAUGGAAGACAACUUCAAAAAGGAUCCGAGACUGUUCUAGGGAACGCUGCUAACGAGAGGGAACUAUUCCUAACCAAUGCAUGCAUGACUGUUCAGCUUAAGGACGUAAAAGGAAAAGUCAGUUUCGAGAUUCGGUCGAGACCAUGGGGACAUCAGUAUAGGAAAGAGAACAACGCUGCGAAUAAGCUUGACCGAGAGAGAGCACAAGAGAGAAGAGCACAAAAUUUGGAGACAGAAUAUUUCUGCAAAUGCUUAUAUUCAUCUGAGAGAGGAGGUUUCUUUAGUCUCCCACUCAAUGAUAUGGGGCUUGGUUCAGGAUUUUGCAGUUCAUGCAAGAUCAGGGAGGAGGGAGAAGAACGGAAAAGAGCCAAACUAUCAAAGAGUGGGUUUGUAUACAACGGGGUUGACUACUGCAUGGGGGAUUUCGUUUACGUAGACCCUAGGUUUAUAUAUGGACCAGAAAAAAAGGAAGAUAAGGAAAAUGUCAAGUCUAGGAAUAAAAAAGGCUCAACACCAAAAAAGGAGGAUGAGAAAAAAAUAAAGCCUGGGAGAGACACUGGCUUAAAAAAAGCCUUUGUUGUUUGUCAACUACUAGACGUAGUUGUCUCGAAAGUGCCAUCAAGAUAUGAUUUGUUUGAAGUCAACGUGAGAAGAUUCUAUAGGCCAGAGGAUAUCUCUUCAAAGAAGAGUUAUCGUUCAGACAUCCAAGAGGUGUAUUACAGUCAGAAAGCACAUCUUAUCCCUCCAGGAGGUAUAGAAGGCAAAUGUGAAGUACGGAGGAAACAUGAUAUGCCCUUACGCAAUGACUAUUUAAUAUUAGGCAAUAUCUUCUUCUGUGAACUUUUCUAUCACAAUGGUUCUCUCCAUCAGUUCUCUACCGGUAAAAAAAAAAAAAAAAAAAAAAAAAAAAAGUUCUCUACCCUUAAGGAUGACACACUUCUAAGGAAGCUAAAGGGGAAGGGAAUAGAGGGUGAAACUGAUUCUGAUGAAGUACCUAAGGAGAUGCGUCUGGCGACACUUGACAUCUUUGCUGGUUGUGGCGGCCUGUCUAAGGGAUUGGAACAGUCAGGUGUAUCUGAAACAAAGUGGGCUAUUGAGUUUGAAGAGCAAGCAGGGCAGGCAUUUAAACAAAACCAUCCUGAGUCAACGGUUUUUGUUAACAACUGCAAUGUGCUUCUUAGGGCUAUAAUGGAGAAAUGUGGAGAUGAAGAUGAGUGUCUCUCUACCACAGAGGCAAAUGAACUUGCAGCUAAACUUGAUGAGGAACAGAAGCGUGCUUUGCCACUCCCUGGUCAAGUGGAUUUCAUCAGUGGAGGACCUCCAUGCCAAGGGUUUUCUGGUAUGAACAGGUUCCAGGAUGGCUAUUGGAGUCAAGUUCAGCGUGAAAUGAUACUAGCAUUCUUGUCCUUUGCUGAUUAUUUCCGGCCAAAGUAUUUUCUGCUGGAGAAUGUUAGGACCUUUGUGUCAUUCAAUGAAGGGCAGACAUUUAAACUUACUCUGGCUUCUCUUCUUGAAAUGGGUUACCAGGUGAGGUUUGGAGUGUUGGAGGCAGGUGCAUAUGGAGUUUCACAAUCUCGCAAAAGAGCUUUUAUUUGGGCAGCUGCACCAGAAGAAGUUCUACCAGAAUGGCCUCAGCCUAUGCAUGUCUUUGGUGGUCCAGAGUUGAAUAUCAAAUUAUCCAAAAAAUCACACUAUGCUGCUGUCCCUAGUACUAGAUAUGGUGCACCUUUCCGGUCAGUCACUGUUGAAGACACUAUUAGAGAUCUUCCACCUAUAGAAAAUGGAGAAUCCAAUACCAACAGAGAGUAUGGAGCUGAUCCAGUCUCUUGGUUCCAAAAGAAGAUAAGAGGAAACAUGAUUGUUCUCACUGAUCAUAUAUGCAAAGAGAUGGAUGAAAAAAACCUCAUCCGUUGUAAGAAGAUACCAAAGAAACCAGGUGCUGAUUGGCGUGCCCUCAAAAAUAGAAAGAUUAAGUUAGCAAAUGGGAAGAUAGUAGAUAUGAUUCCAGCUUUUCUGCGCAAGAAAGCUAAGAAGUGGAAAGGACAGUUUGGGAGAGUAGACUGGGAAGGCAACUUUGCAACUUCCAUCACUGAUCCUCAACCAAUGGGUAUGGUUGGAAUGUGCUUCCAUCCUGAACAAGACAGGAUUCUUUCUGUCCGUGAAUGUGCACGAUCUCAGGGGUUUCCGGAUAGCUAUGAGUUCGUAGGGAGAGUAGUAGACAAGCAUAAGCAGAUUGGGAAUGCAGUGCCUCCACCACUGGCCUUUGCUCUUGGUCGUACGCUCAAAGAAGCCGUGCUUCUCAAGAAACCUCUUCAACAGUAA